AUGUUAAUCGAAUAUUGUUCUUUUCUUUCCAGUACAUCUAGUCAUCAUUCGAAAGAUGUUCAUCAUAUACACUCAUCAUCAACAAAUAUUGUCACUGAUAUUGAUCAAAAACAAAAUGAUAUUUCUAUAAAUGAAAAAACAAUGUCAUCAUCUAAUAAUUCAACUACAAAAAUAAAAUCGCCACAAUUACAUCAUGAAAGAUCUUUACCUCCACCUGUUGCACAUCGUUUAACUAUUAAUGAUUUAUUUGAUACAACACCAACAUUACCGAAUAGUAAACCACGUUUAGAUAUACUCAAAGAUCAUUUAUUACAAGAAGGACGUUUAACAGAAGAAGCAGCAUUAUUAAUUAUUGAAAAAGGCGAAACGCUAUUACGACAUGAAAAUACACUAAUUGAUUUAGAAGCACCAAUAACGAUAUGUGGCGAUAUUCAUGGACAAUUUUAUGAUUUAAUGAAAUUAAUUGAAGUUGGUGGUGCUCCAGCAACGACACGUUAUUUAUUUUUGGGUGAUUAUGUUGAUCGUGGUUACUUUUCAAUUGAAUGUGUACUGUAUUUAUGGUCAUUGAAAAUUACCUAUCCAACAACAUUCUUUUUACUACGAGGAAAUCAUGAAUGUCGACAUUUAACAGAAUAUUUUACAUUCAAAACAGAAUGCAAAAUUAAAUAUACAGAACGUGUUUAUGAUGCUUGUAUGCGUGCAUUUGAUGCUUUACCACUAGCUGGUCUCAUUGAAAAACAAUUUUUUUGUGUACAUGGCGGUCUGUCUCCAGAAAUACUCACACUUGACGACAUCCGAAAGCUUGAUCGAUUUAAAGAACCGCCACCUUACGGUCCUAUGUGUGAUUUAUUAUGGUCUGAUCCAAUCGAUGAUUAUGGUCAUGAGAAAACUGUUGAUGAAAAAUUUUUAUUUAAUGCUACACGUGGUUGCUCUUAUUUUUAUACAUUCAAAGCAGUUCAGGAUUUUCUACUACGAAAUUCAUUACUAACAGUUAUUCGUGCACAUGAAGCACAAGAUGUAGGCUAUCGAAUGUAUCGUAAAUGUUCACAGACUGGUUUUCCUAGUCUAAUGACAAUCUUCAGUGCACCAAAUUAUCUUGACGUCUAUCAGAAUAAAGCAGCCGUACUAAAAUACGAUACAAACGUUGUUAAUAUUCGACAAUUUAAUUAUACAAAUCAUCCAUAUUGGUUACCAAAUUUUAUGAAUGUAUUUACAUGGAGUUUACCGUUUGUUGGUGAAAAAGUGACAGAAAUGUUAAUUAAUAUUUUGAAUAUUUGCAGUGAAGAAGAACUCAUUACGGAUCCUGAUCAGGAGAAUAGUGAUAAUACUGCGGAAGCUAAUAAUUUUCGACGUGAAGCAAUUCGAAGUAAAAUACGAGCGGUGGGAAAAAUGGCAAAAGUUUAUUCAUCUUUACGUGAAGCAAGUGAAAAUGCUAUUAGUUUAAAAGGUUUAACACCGGCAAGUAGUACAGAAAAUUUAACAAUGAUGGAUAGUGCAACAGAUUCAGAAAAUAAUGGUGAUAAAAGUUUAAAACAAAAAAUAACAGAUUUUUCAUUUUCAACAGCAAAAUCAUUAGAUCAAGUUAAUGAACGAAUGCCACCGUGGCUUGACGAAGAAAGUAGACAGCGUCUCAUCAAAACACAAAUGAAUUCCACGAAGAAAAUUGUCAGUGAUGAGCAUACUAAACCGGUGAUUCAACAACAACAGUUUGACAAUGAGGAAGAAAAACACACAUCACCCAUUGUUGUCAUAUGUAGAGAAGAUGAUGUUAAAGAACAACAAAAGAUAAAUGAUAAUAACAAAAAACAAUUAAGUGAUAACGAAACUGAUUUUACGCUAGAUAAAAUGAAAUCAUCAACCGACUCUUCUAUAAAUAAUCAUAAUCAAAAGAAACAACAAAUAGAGAAGAAACAAACAACUCAGUCAUUACCCACUGAAACCGGUGAUAAAAUGACCACGACUACGACUCCACUAAAAGAUAACACAGAACCAAUCGAUCUCACGCCUAUUCAACCAAGACUCAGUGAUGAUGAGCAUUUAAAAUCAUCGUCGUCGUCGAAUCGAUUUUCAUUAAAAAAUCCUAUGAGUUCAAUACGUUCAUGGGUCAAAAAGCAACGUUCUAAUGCAUCUACGACAUCAGAUGAUACGAAUAAUAAUGAUGAUAAUAAUGAUGAAAAUCAUAAUAAUUAUUCAACAAUUAAUUCAGUGACAAGACAAAAAUCAUCUGAUGAAAAACAUACACGUACAAAUUCAUCGAAUCAUGAGCAUCAGAAUUUGACAACAACAUCAACUCAUCAACAAUUACAAACGUGUUCUAGUACACCACACAACUAUACAUCACCGUUAUCUUCAAGAAAGAAAAAAUUAUCAUUACGAGGUGCAAAUCCAAUAUCACUAUUGAAACGUUCCUCAGAUUCACAUGUACCUGUCGAUAACAAUAGUGAAAAUGGAUUAACAACAACGAUGACCGGUGCAACAGUCGAACAACAAAAUUCUCCUUUAGCAGGUGCAUACAGUAUGCUAAAAAACGUUUUAUCAUCUCAUCGGCACACCACCAUGUCAUCUAAAACGCCUAAUGUGCAAAAAAAAGAUGAAAAACUUACGAAUGAUUGUGAUAAAGAUGAUUUAGAUGCAUUAGCAAGACAAAUGAUAAUUCAAGAAACAAAACGACAGGCUAUGAGAGCUAAAGAAGAAGGCGCUCUUGGAUGGUUAAAGCCAAAACUUGUUACAAAUAGAAAAUUUUUGGGAAAUAUGUUAAUAUCGAAUGCUGUACAUAAUACAUAUAAAAAUCAAACAAGACAACAAACGUCAACGACGAGUACUACAACGUAUAUAGAAAAACAAAUUAAAGUAGUUAGCAAUAAUAAUGAUGAAAGACAACGUUCAUCUGACAAUGGGAGAAAAUAUAAACGUAGACACCAAAGAAAUGAGUCCAGUGAUUCCGAUGAUAGUGAUCACAAAUCAUAUUCGAACAAAGAAAGACACAAAAAGCAAAAACGGUGA